AUGCCUGUUCAUCCGAGCUCGCAAACCGACAUGCUGACAACAGGCGAUCACCCGGAUGACACAGUAGGGGGAUUUGCAGUAGAAUAUCGGGCCGAAAAGGACACUCAGUGGCAUGUGCACGAUGGUAUCAUUCCCUACAAGGGUCCCAAUCUUCAAUACCGAGUUCAGAUUCCUCGACUUCCAACCGGAAUCGCAUAUUUUGUAAGGAUAAAGGUCCUCGGGAAAAACGGCAAAAUUCUGGUUGAGACUCCAGAAAUUCGAGCUCGAAACGAAAUGGUCAGCAUUAAGUGCGAAUCAGAUGAUUUAACUGCUCCAAGAAACGUUGAAAUAACACAAACCGGUCAAUAUAGUGUUGCUAUUUCAUGGGAACCACCAGAAUGUGGUUCAGUCGGUGAAUAUCAAAUUGAAUUAUCUGGAAUAGAGACUAAAUUUGAUGUGCAUCGACAAACGGUAACACAUCCAUCGGUGAGUGUGACCAACCUAUUACCAGGAACCGACUAUCAGGUACGUGUUCGCGCUGCUGACCGCUCACGCAAUCUCGGUCCCUGGAACGAACAUACGACUGUUGCCACAACUCAAGGACGAGCACCUGAUGUAUCAUCGAACGUUGAAACUGAUUAUCGUACGGAUACACAACUACGAAUUCAUUGGCCACAUUACGAAGACGAACGAUUACAAUUUUAUGAAGUGAUGGCAGUUGAAGUAAACAGCGAGGGCCGUUCCGUGGAGCGUGCUCGAGUAUCACCGUUAAUAAAUUCACAUGCAUUCGCAGGUCUUCGUCCCAAUACCGAAUACUUGAUUGGUGUUGUGGCGUUCGUUGAUCAUGAACCCAAAUAUGUUUACAAGCAUUCAGCGAACACCAUCGCCAAGACACCGAUCGAAUGGCACGAUAAGCCAGCUAUAACGAGAGAAAGUGCCAAUCAUUAUUUGGUACGGUGGACUAAGCCUGAGACAAGUCAAAUCAUCGACAACUUCAUCGUUGAGUGUCGUCUUCCUAAUGAGACUGAAUGGAGGAAAUAUGGUGACGUACCUGUUGAUGAAGAUACCUUUGAAUAUCAGAUGGCUGUCGACACAAUCGGUGAUAUGUCGUACUAUUCAUUGCGCGUUAUCGCUGUUGAUGAACAAAAGAAUCUCAUUACCAAAACCCCUGAAAUUGCUGUUGGAUCGGCAUCUUUGGACGCAUGUUCGGGUGAGGCUGGCAUACCUCAAGAUGUGCGUGCAGGGUUUGUUUCCGAGAGCACCAUUCAAUACACUUGGGAAAAGCCACAUUGCGAUGAAAGUUACGGACCUAUCGACGGUUAUGAAUAUGUGUUAUGGAAUGUAGAAUCAGAUAAACAACCAGAAGGUGCCUCUUACGUCGGUCGUAAUGCAGUUGCAGCGAAUGAUCUUGAACCAGACACUCGAUUUGCAUUUCGCGUUAGAUCUCGUUCAGGGCAUGGACACAGUCCAUGGAGUGACGUCGUGCACGCAUCGACGAAACCACAUUCCGCUAUUGUUGGUAUGUGA